ACAAAAUAAGCCAAGAUGUCUGUGGACCCGAUGACCUACGAGGCCCAGUUCUUCGGCUUCACACCGCAAACCUGCAUGCUGAGAAUCUACAUUGCAUCUCAAGACUACCUGUUUGAAGGGAUGCAGGCCGUCGAACAGGUCAUUCUGAAAAAGCUAGGUGACCUCCCAGGCUGUGAGAUCAGCCCCGUCCAGGUUUGUAAAUGCGCAGAGAAGUUCCUCGGCUUCAUGAAGGGACGUUUCCAUAACCUUUUUGACAGAAUGGAGCAGCUGUUUUUGCAGUUGAUUCUGCGCAUUCCCCCAAACAUUUUGCUUCCGGAAGACAAACCCCAGGAGCUGCAUCCUUGUAGUGAGGAAGAGUUCCGGCUCCUCCAGGAGGAAAUUGAACAGUUACAGGAGAAGUAGAAGACCGAAUUAGGCGCUAAGCAGGCCCUUCUCGCAGAAUUAGAGGAACAAAAAAUUAGGCAGGCCCAACUUAAGCAGACACUGGUUUUGUUUGAUGAACUCGAAAAUGCUGGCCGAGAUCAUGGGACUAGUGAUUUCAGACUAUUAGGGACACUGUGGAAUGGGAAGGCAAGAGAAUGAAAAUACUGUAAUUUCUAAGCAGUGACAGGAACCCGUCAGAAAGUAGAAUAGGAAGGGAUUGAUGUGAAUGAUAUUCUGGUGAACUGAAUGUCUUACGGGAUUUCAUUUAUUGGCUCUUUCUUGUACUCCGCACUUCCCUCUGUCUGGCCCCACUCUGCUAGGGCAUCUACACUACCCUGAACUGAUCCUUGGAGCCCGUGUUCCCUAGAGACCUCUCACAGGUGGGAAGGGGUUCCUGGUCCAGCAGCAUGUCACCGGCACCAGGACUGCAGAGAGAUCUGUAAAAGCAGUUCCUUGAUCAGGGGCUCCUUGUAACCUUGAUCCUUCUGACUUAUUCUUUGGAUGCGAUCAAAUGAGAAAAAGGUUAAGUGGGCGGCUUUGUUAGGAACCAGCCACUGCAUGGCUGGAUGGGCGCCGGCACCCGUGGCCUGCUCUCGUCCACGAAUUGCCUUACACAGCAAGUUAGCUGAUGGGAAGAAGCAAAUAGAGAAACACCACCCGUGUGAUCCUUAGUAAAGAGGAGAGAAGUUGUUUUCAUUCCUAAAAUAAAUGCUUUCUGUGAUCAUGAAAAAAAAAAAAAAAGAAUUUCUGGUACAAAAAGUUCAUGCCAACAAAAAGCAUUUUGAGUAAGUCAGAAACCCUACCUAAUUUGUACCUUCACUCCCUAAACACUUACUGAGCAAGUUGGGGGGCCAGGCACGGUGCACAGUGUGAAAUGUGAAAUGUAAGACGACAUCCUUGCAUAGAGAAACUUACAGUCUGGAAAGCUGGAUGUGUGAACACAAGCAGAGUAAGAGCUAUAGUCUGGGACAAAGUGCUGAGGGAGCCCAAAGGGGAAUACAAACAUCUUCCUUCCAUCAGAAGGAAAAUCAACCCUUCCACUUUGGGCAGAAGAGAUCACCACUCGCUGACCUACCACAUUCACUUUAAAUGUACUCAUCAUGGUGGAGAAGAAUCCCUCAAGCUUGGAGAAAUUUCCAUGCUCAGGUGGAAGAAAGGACACCUAGACUGGUUUAUUGCCUGUAGCCAGUGCCGGGCACAGUUGCUUUAUCUACGUUAAGUCCAAACAGAUGGUUUGCAGUGACACAGACAUGCCAGGGCUUUGACGUGUCCUGAGAGCAUCUAAACAACAAUUCAACAGCUAACUAAUGUUAUGGUACGGUCACUCAAAUACGAUUGCCCUGGUCAAAAUGUAAGGGGUUGCCAAAGAAGUCAGUAAUCAAGAUGAUUAAGAUUUUAAUGCAAAAAAAUAAAAAUAAAUGAAAUACCAAAAUUUUAAAUAAAGAUGGGAUCAGACCCUGUGCAGAUGUGGCUUGUCCUCACUUGCCUUACUCCAGUUCCCAUCUUGCCCUGGAGAUGGUGGCUCUCUGCACCCCGUAAGGUUUGUCAGUCUGUCUCUGUCUUCCUGCCCUAAGUAGCAAAACAAUCCUUAAAGUGGGCAUGGCUCAUGUGCCCCCACGUGGGGCCACCAAAAUAAUGUGAAGCCAGAAACUGCCUAGAAACCAUGCCUCCCUAGGGAGGCAGGCAGGGAGGCCCACCCUGUACCCAAUCUAGGCUUGGAAGGAGAAGGAAAACUAGUGUAGAUCAUGGACCUCUGUCUUCACUGCUUGAGAGAAGGGCAAGGGGACUGGCCUGACUCACCAGGGUUAUUGAAAACAUGAGAAAUGUCGGACCCUCUCCAGGUCCCUGACCAGCCAGAUGGCCUGAGGAGUUUUGAAGAGCACAGUGAAUCAUGAAAGCAGGCCAUGUCCCCCGUUUCUCCCUCAUCCAGCCCGUCAUCCAGCCCCACCUUCUGGGAGACCCUGGGGCUCAGUAAGCCAGUUGUAGCACCAUCCUCAUCAAGCUCCGUGCAAAGCAAAGGGAACGGGGCAGACGUAAAAGGAAAAACUAAUGGACUGCCAACUCAGGGUUAGGUGUCUGAAGAGACUGGGACCUAAGAUCGAGCCAAGUUCUACCAAACCAUCGAUUUGUUCAUCUCUAAGUUGAAGGUAAUGUCUCUCACCCUGCCGUGUGAGGUGUUCCCAAAGAAUGAAGACUACAAAACAAAAUGGGUUUCAGAUACAACAAAUCACUCUCUGUAUUUAACUAGAGAAUUUUUCAAGUUGUUUUUUAUUUGCUUUUGACAAAAGGGUAGGGGAGUUCUUAGCAUGAACUGUGAUUUGCGCUGGAUGAGGAAGCAUGCCACUUCGUUAUCUACAUUGCUAUGAUCAAAAUAGCUAACAUUUAGGUGCCAUACACCCUACUAUGUUUAUAUGUAUUAUUGCCUUUAAAGGGAGGGUAUUUCUUUUAAUAAUGGAGCUCCAAGAAAGUUAAAGGGAAUUUAUGUAUCUUCUGUUUAUUAAAAGAUUCAUUUUUCAUUCAUUUACUCAUUUGACAAAUAAUUAUGGAUGGAUAAAUAAGCAUACAGGUUUUUCCCUUCUACAUGCUUAAGGCCUCCAAGGAUUACUCCAUGUUAUCUUAGGAGAGUUUGGAGUCUUAUUUGUAAGAAAGAAACCAGUUUAACCAACGAUUUUAUUAUACCAAUACCAAAAGUUAACUUGGUCUCUGAACUCAUAGUGUUUCCUCUACUGCUACCUUGAGACCACACAGUUUUGAAAAUAUUUUGACUCGG